AACGAAAGCCGGUCGGGCGACUGGGGCCGGAGCCCGGAGGCCGAUGUCCGUACGAGGCGUGGCGUUCACAGCGCAGCUGGAUCGCUAACUUUUUGGUUGCAGGGCACCAUGGUACCCGCGACCACGCUACGCUCUUGGUGCAAAUCGCGAUCGUCGAGCUGGAUACCAAGAAGUCUCAUUACGGACACUAAUGUCUGCAUCAUCAGAGCCAUGCGCUAGCGCCAGCCCUCGCAGUCACUGAAGGUUGUUGGCAACGCAGAUCACGCUAUCUCGCCGCAGAUCCGCUUGCUUUCAACUCAAUCGUCGUCUAGAUGUCAACCUUGUUGCCGCCAAAGGCGAGGUUCCCGAAUCAACAAGAUGGAGCACGAGCGGAUCUCACUGAAGGCAAGCAAGUCUGUGUCUCAAUCGGAGGCAUUGUUCAGCGUAGAAUGUUGUCGAGUCGGACGAGGGAUCCCGCACGAUGUCGUCUUCAGAAAGACAGACGGGACCGCGUGCCUGGCAUGAGGAUGCUUGCCCGCCCCAGCAACCUGUUCGCUUCCCGCGUCGCUUCCCCCUUUGCGUCAGUCGAUAGCACGAGAGAUGAUUGCGCAAGCCUGGUGGGCGUCCACUCUAUGCUGCGCACACCCCAUGCGUGCAAGUGUAGGUGGGUGAGUGGACCCCUGCUCGAUGAAUGUGUGCGGCCAGGCUCAGUCAAGCAAGCAGCAGCCCGGAUGGCAGCUUCUGCUCUGCUGCUCUCUCUCUGCGCCUCGAUUCGCGAUCGUUUUAGCAAGCCACCCUUGAUGCUCUUCAAGGACUCCGGUGCCGCUGCGUCUCCUCGCAGCGGGCACAAGAGCACGAGGCUGCGACAGAAGACAGCUGAGUGAGCUGACAGAAGUGGGAAAGGGCGUGGGCAUCGGAC